ACAAGUAGGAAGAAGCCUGUGAGCAACACCCGCACAGAGUAGCGGGAGCCGCUGUCGCACCGCGGCCGUGGAGUCCGUCACCACCGCCUCGGAGCAAGAGCAGGAGCGGGAAACCGAGCAGGCGAAGGGCAAGGCCACCGGAACAGGAGCCUCCCAGUCUUCCCUCCGGUCUUCUGCUUCUGUGUCCGCGCAGUGUGCGGGACCCUAGGGUCCGUAGCCUGGGCGUCAGGGAGUCCCGCGCGAGGAAGCCGGAGCGAACGGGACCUUCCUUCUGCCGACUGCGGCCCUAGGGCGCCCCCACGGGGCGGAGCAGGCUGUGCCGCCGACUCCUGCGAGUGACUGAGUGUCCGGAGAACGCCCAGCGCUCGUAACGAGUGGCCCCGGUCAAAGGAGGAGAAGGAGAGGACGACCAUGGGGCUACUGUCCCAGGGCUCGCCACUGAGCUGGGAAGAGACCAAGCGCUACGCGGACCACGUGCGGCGGCACGGGAUACUCCAGUUCCUGCACAUCUACCACGCCGUCAAGGACCGACACAAGGACGUGCUCAAGUGGGGCGACGAGGUGGAAUACAUGUUGGUAUCUUUUGAUCAUGAAAAUAAAAAAGUCCAGUUGGUCCUGUCUGGAGAGAAAGUUCUUGAAACUCUACAAGAAAAAGGGGAAAGGACAAACCCAAACCAUCCUACCCUUUGGAGACCAGAGUAUGGGAGUUACAUGAUUGAGGGGACACCUGGACAGCCUUAUGGAGGAACAAUGUCUGAGUUCAACACAGUUGAGGACAACAUGAGAAAACGUCGGAAGGAGGCUACUUCUAUAUUAGAAGAAAAUCAAGCUCUUUGCACUAUAACUUCAUUUCCCAGAUUAGGCUGUCCGGGUUUCACGCUGCCUGAAUAUAAACCCAACCCGGUUGAAGGAGGAGCUUCCAAGUCCCUCUUCUUUCCUGAUGAAGCAAUUAACAAGCACCCCCGCUUUAGUACCUUAACAAGAAAUAUCCGACAUAGAAGAGGAGAAAAGGUUGUCAUCAAUGUACCAAUAUUUAAAGACAAGAAUACACCAUCUCCAUUUAUCGAAGUAUUUCCUGAGAAUGAUGAGGCAGCAAGGGCUUCGAAGCCCGAUCAUAUUUACAUGGAUGCCAUGGGAUUUGGAAUGGGCAAUUGCUGCCUUCAGGUGACGUUCCAAGCUUGCAGCAUAUCUGAGGCCAGAUACCUUUAUGAUCAGUUGGCUACAAUCUGUCCAAUUGUAAUGGCUUUGAGUGCUGCGUCUCCUUUUUACCGAGGCUAUGUGUCAGACAUUGAUUGUCGCUGGGGAGUGAUUUCUGCAUCUGUUGAUGAUCGAACUCGGGAGGAGAGAGGACUGGAGCCACUGAAGAACAAUAACUACAGGAUCAGUAAAUCCCGUUAUGAUUCAAUAGAUAGUUACUUAUCUGAGUGUGGUGAGAAAUACAAUGAUAUCAACUUGACGAUAGAUAAAGAAAUCUAUGAACAACUAUUGCAGGAAGGCAUUGACCAUCUCCUGGCCCAGCAUGUUGCUCAUCUCUUUAUUAGAGAUCCACUGACUCUGUUUGAGGAGAAAAUACACCUAGAUGAUGCCAAUGAGUCUGAUCAUUUUGAGAAUAUUCAGUCCACAAACUGGCAGACGAUGAGAUUUAAGCCCCCUCCUCCAAACUCAGAUAUUGGAUGGAGAGUAGAAUUUCGUCCCAUGGAGGUUCAAUUAACAGAUUUUGAAAACUCUGCAUAUGUGGUGUUUGUGGUACUGCUUACCAGAGUGAUCCUUUCAUACAAAUUGGAUUUUCUCAUUCCACUGUCAAAGGUGGAUGAAAACAUGAAAGUAGCACAGAAACGAGAUGCUGUCUUGCGGGGAAUGUUUUAUUUCAGGAAAGACAUUUGCAAAGGUGGCAAUGCUGUGGUAGACGGGUGUGGCAAGGCCCAGAACAGCACUGAUCUCACCCAGGAGGAGUACACCUUAAUGAGCAUAGACACCAUCAUCAACGGAAAGGAAGGUGUAUUUCCUGGGCUGAUCCCAAUUCUAAACUCUUACCUUGAAAACAUGGAAGUGGAUGUGGACACCAGAUGUAGUAUUCUAAACUACCUAAAGCUAAUUAAGAAGAGAGCAUCUGGAGAACUAAUGACAGUUGCCAGAUGGAUGAGGGUGUUUAUCGCAAACCAUCCCGAUUACAAGCAAGACAGUAUCAUAACUGAUGAAAUGAACUAUAGCCUUAUUUUGAAGUGUAACCAAAUUGCAAAUGAAUUAUGUGAAUGCCCAGAGUUACUUGGAUCAUCAUUUAGGAAAGUAAAAUAUAGUGGAAGUAAAACUGAUUCUUCCAACUAGACGUUCUACAGUAAGAAGAAAACUCCAUUAACUGUUUUAUUGAAAAACUAACUGCAGUACCAUGACUCUCAGUCCAUGGUGUGGUAUGAAGACCAAAUAAUAGAACUUCACUCUUUCCUGGGCCAGAAAUUAAUUUAGUGGCUUUCUUCAGUUAGAUAAAUCCAGAGUUUAUACAGUGUACAUGUACAUAAUAAAGUAUUUUUAUGAUUAACAAUGUAUUUUAAUAACAUUGUAUCUAAAAGCAUUGUGAACUAGCUUGUACAUUUUUUAAGUCUUACUCUGGAAAAACUGUCUCAGCAGUUUUGUAAAUGUCACGUACUGGUCAUUGUACUAUACUUGCAUUCCAGAGCUUAAAAUGUUUACUGUAAAGUUUUGUUCUUCUAAAUAACUACCUGGGACCUGAUUCACUGAAAUUUACCAUUUCACUUUAAAAAAAGUUUCUCAUUUAUUUUCUUUGCAGUCAUCUCCUUUGUUGUGUACAUAAAAUCACAUAAGCCUUUGAAGUGCUUCAAGGAUAAUCUUGGAUUUUUAGCACCUUAUCUAUGUUUCUUCUACAGUGGGAAUAGCUAGCCACUUGGUCACUCUGCCCCAAGCCUUCACCACUAAAUAAAACCUGCUGAACU